AUGCCUACUGUUAAUGCGCUCCGAUCUUUCGAACCACCUCCCAUCCCCUCUCUUCCCGAUUUUGAACGUCGUCGUUCCACAACACCAGCCAUGUCCAACCACAAUACCGAUUCCCUGGGAGGUCUUCAGUCACCACCUAAAAGCAGAUCAAGCCGCCCAAAGAGCGCAAAGUUCUCAUCAUACCGCCUUCGCAGCAAUUCCGGUCUUUCACUACACACCAAUGAGGAUAUCCUGAGGCAGUAUACUGACUAUCACCCUGAUGGCACACCGCGCGCGGGCAUGUACAGCAAUGGCUUGGGACAAUGGUCAGGUGAGAGGUUGAGAAGCAUUGACUCAGUAACUUCAUCAAGAAGUCAGAGGUCCAGCAUCGCCUAUACUGAGUCUGAUAGCUCUGGCGAGUUGCCUCUAUCCGAUAUCAUUGGACGCGAAAUGUUUGACAUGGUCAUGGCCGAUCAUGCUGCGAGUGGUCAACUAUGGAAAUUUGCUGCCAGUCGGGGAGUUGGUCAAAAUGUUGACUAUCUCAUGAAGAUUCGCGACUACAUCCAAUCCUUGGAGCAGGUGGUCAUCCAACUAUCCACAAUAUCAACCUCAUACACCUCUAUCACCGCAACGUCACCAAUCAACCUCCCUUCGCCGAUAUCCAAGGCCCUUAACACAAACAUCAAGCAUCUCAUGACAUCGCUGAUUCCGAGUCUGGAAAACAUGUUUCUUGAGUCCAAGGCCUACGUCGAGCAGCGCAUUGUUAGAGAGAUCUUUCCCGAUUUCGUCAAGCAGCAGCUAUCACAGUGUACCAGUCUGGCUCUUUCCCUUGACGCAGAAGGCGACUCACCACCGAAUCCGUACCCUGGACUUAAGGGAUCAUUCUGUCUCAGCGAUCCAGCACGAACUGGAAACCCCAUCACCUUUGCCUCGGAUGAGUUUGAGGAGCUGACGGGAUAUGCGCGAAAUGAAGUUCUGGCCCACAACUGCCGGUUUCUUCAAGGACCGCAGACUGAUCGAGAAGGAAUAGCCAGAAUGCGCUCUGCAAUCUGGCGCAACGACGAGUGUACGGAAUUGAUCCUGAACUUCCGAAAGGAUGGAACGCCAUUCUGGAAUCUCCUGUUCCUAUGCCCACUUCUCGACAGUGCCGGAAAAACAAAAUUCUUCAUGGGCGCCCAGAUUGAUGUUUCAUCAUCCAUCCAUGGUACUGAUGACGUUCUUAAGAUUCUGUCCUACGGUGCCGCUGAGGAAGAAAAGAUGAUAGAACGUGCUAGUUCUCGUUGGGCCAGUAGUGAUGGAUCUCAAGGCGAACCCGAAGCCGAGGAGGUACUCUCCAUCAAGAAGAACCACUACAAGGCAGAAAAGAAGGGAGGGUUCUUUAAGUCUUUUAAGAAGGGGCCUCCGCCUCCUCUAUCGCCACCGUUAAGCCCCCGCCGCAGCUCCGACAGACCUCGAUCAUCAACUGGACCUACGACGACCCUGGACAAGACAUACAGCACACGAAGCGUCAUCAGGAGGUUCCCAAACCAACCCGAAAUGCUAAUGUCUACCUACGCUCGGUAUAUGAUCUUGGAGCAUGUACCAUCCUAUCCGGCAUCCCUCGGAGCUAUGCCCCUCGACCAGGAAAUGAAGUACCCGCCAAAGUUGUGCGUUUCUUUCUAUUCCAAGGAGAUGCUGGAGGCGCUCGACCUUGGAAUGCCGGGUGAAGCGAUCGUCGGCAAGGAUAUUUUUGAUAUUAUGACGGAACAAGCGACUUUACCAUCAGUUACGAAGGCAUUUAAAUCGACCGUUCGAGAUCUAGUCGUCCGUGAUGGAAAGUCUGUUUCGCUUGACCUUGCACUUGCGAACCACAUUCCACGUCGAGCCAACGUGGCAAGGACAAUAGGCGGCGACAGUAUGGACGGGGUACCCAAGAAACCGGCCAAAAUGAUGAGCCAUUGGACACCUCUCAAGGAUAACGAGGGCUAUGUCAAGUAUGUGGUGAUGAUUGUUUCACCAAUCUAG